AUGUCGGAGCUUUUUAGCGGAUACGAGGCAGACUUCAACCUUGCAUAUUCUGAUGCGCAGGGGAAAUUGCAGCAGAUAUAUGGCUCGGAGGAUGUGGAUCGGCGUAUCGAGAUCAUGAAACAGGUCGAGUCGGCCAUUGACGACUGCCACGACCUCUUGGACUCGAUGAACCUCGAGGUGCAGCAGAUUGCCACGCACCAGCGUUCGUCGUACAAUGCCAAGGUCCGGACCUACCGCAACGACUUGGAGAAGGUUAAGAACGACUUGAAGAGCCUCAUGGACGACAAGGACAGGCGCCAGUUGUUUGGCAGCGGAGGCGAUGACGGUGAGGAUUUCAACCAGAGACAGAAGUUGUUGAACACCAACGCAUCCAUUGAACGGUCUUCACAGAGGAUUCAGGAGGCUACGAGAACGGCGCUCGAGUCGGAAACAGUGGGCAGCUCGAUCCUUAACAACCUGCGGUCCCAACGAGAUCAAAUCUUGAACGCCAGAGACACGCUUGGCGAGGCCGACACCUACGUCGAUCGCUCGUUGAGAACCUUGAAGUCGAUGACUAGAAGAAUGGCGACCAACAAACUCAUCACGUACGGAAUCAUUGCCGUGUUGAUUAUGUUGAUUUUCCUAGUGCUCUACAGCAAAUUCAGUGGCUGA